UUCAGAUGCGGUUAUUGUUCAUUUUCGCUGUUGUGCCAUGUCUGGUAGCAGCAAAUACUAUAAUGUGCCCAGAUUUAUCCACAUGUCCUGAAGGGAAAUUCUGCUGUGCGAAGUCGGCUGAGGAAUACGAAUGCUGUGACGUAGGAAAAGAUGAGAAAAGCAUUUUUCCCGGAAUACCAAUACCUAAUUAUGACAUGAACAGAACACCAUCGAGGAAGGAGAUGCAUCACGUAGAUGUCUGCCGAUUAUGCUCUGGUACUUGCUGCUAUGAUCGUUGUUGUGACUAUACCCGAGCAACCUGUUGCUCUGAUCGAGUUGGGUGCUGUCCUAAUGGUCAGCAAUGUUGUAAACGUCCUUCUAGCACAGUAAGCGAGUGGUGCUGCCCCAAAAGGGGCUCCUGUGGGUCAUCUUAUUUAAGCUGCUACGGAGGAGCAGGUGCACUGAUACCAGCAAUAUCUAGCAUAGGGGCUUUGCUUUUCUUGCUUGCUCUCCGAGGGAACUCAUUCUUACAGAUGUGAGAUGAGGCAUUAAAAAUAUCAAAUAUGUUA